GCUGGUCUGUAACACGCCCCAGGUGGGGCAGAGCGACCAGCUCCAACGGCAGGGGAUUGUCCCAUGUCACAGUGGGGACGCACGCUCGCAGGCCCGGCCGAUGCAACUCCUGCGGCGAGGCCCCAUUGUGAGGUGUGAGGUGUCCCGGGCUGUAUCUGCCCAGCAGGGCCAGCACAGCGCCAGAUCCGCUGCUGGUCGCAGACGAGAGCUCCUGGUUUGGAUCCCCAGCCUUGAGCCUCGUGUGGUACCAAAGGCGCUCAGGCCCUGUGUCGCUAUGGCACCGCUGCUGCUGCUGCUGCUGCUGCUGGGCCUGGCCCCCGGCCUGGCCCGGCCCCUGGGGCCCUGCCCAGGGCCCUGCCGCUGCCGCGGGCGCCGCCUGGACUGCAGCAGCGCUGCCCUGGCCCGCGUGCCGCUGGCCACCCCCCAACGGCCCUUCUCCGUGCUGGAUUUCACUGGGAACGCGCUCGCCCUCAUUCGCCCUCAGGCGUGGAAGGGAUACCUGUGGGCUGAGAAGCUAGUCCUCCAGCACAACAACCUGCGGGCGGUGAAGAGGCGCUCGCUGGGGGGGCUGCUCCUGCUGAGGCACCUUGAUUUAUCUUACAACAAAAUCCAGCUGAUCGAGGCGCGUGCUUUUGAGAACCUUCCUUUCCUGGAGACCAUAAGCCUGGAGGGAAAUCUCAUCACCCAGAUCCGGAGCGACACCUUCCGGGCAUGGCACGGGAUGCAGUUCCUCCAGACGCUGUGAGUGUUCCAAGGGCUAAGGGUAGCUCAGAGCAGUGACACUUGUCACUGUGUUCUGCUCACCUCUUAACCCCAGUAGGCAGCAGCAUCAAUGCUGAAUGACAACUCUGUCAGGCCACGCCUUUGCCUGGCUGGGUGCAGGACCAGAGACAACGCUCAGGGACAGUGGGAAUGUGAGAAAUAGGGAAAGUCCUGUUGGAGGGAAGCCACCAGAAGGUGUGAGUUGAGGAGGAAAGA